AUGCUGAAGAAGAAGAGAGAGAUCUUCUGGCUGUUGAACAGCAACUUAACGUCAGUAGACGUUACAGUGCGGGAGCACCAAGCACUUGCGCCCUCAGUGCCCACUGCAGAAGCCGCGUCAAAGUCGGCCGAGCCGCAAUCCGCCUCCUAA